AUGUCCACCGCAAAGACGAAGUCCCUGCUCGUCAAGCUCCCGCUGUCGCCUGAGGCGCUGGCCAAGUUCCCCUACGAGCCGUCAUCAAAGUCAUCAGAGAAGCUCUCGUCGUCGCCAAGCACGCCCGCUCAGAUCGUCGAGCCGACGCCCACGGACACUCCUGCCGAUGCCGCCACGCCUAUGAAUGGCGUCGACAACGGCCUGUUGGCACCGCCCGCGACAGAUGCCAAGGGCAGGAAGAAGCCAGGGCCGAGAGCUGGCGGUGCCGGCACCAAGAGAGGUGCCGCAGCUGUCGACGGCAUCCCGAAGGUACGGGGUAAGCCAGGCCCCAAGAAGAAGCAACGGAUGGGCGACAUGAUCAACGACCCGAACAACAAAGCUCCUUUUGCUGCGCCUGCACCCGCCCAAAAGCUGGGCCCCAAAGCCAACAUGGGCACCAUCAACGCCAACCUCCGCGCGCUCGACCGAUCCGGAAAACCCUGCCGUAAGUGGGGAAAGAAGACGUUUCAUAUUCGCAGCUUCACCGGUGUUGUAUGGCAAGCGCCCACCUGGCGGGCACCUCCCAAAAGCACCACCUUCUCCGAAGAUGUCAAGAGUGAUACCACCGGUUCAAGCGACUCCAAGAUCAAGGAUGAGAGCAGUGCCAUCAGCGACAGGAGCGGCCUCAACGGAGACGCUGGCAGUGCCACACCGAUGCCGCCCGCUCUCAAUGGCAUCGCGAGUUCACCAACGCCCUUGGCUGCUACCUCGUGA